AUGAGAUACUUGGGGAAGGAGGCGGAGGCAGAUGUGGAUGAGGGUGGCUUGUUGGGGGAGCAGGGGGUUGGUCGUUGGUCUUGCUUUUGCCGGAGGGGGGGGUUGUGGUACCGUAGUAAUGAGUGCAAGCAGGGAAGGCUAUAUUACUGGCCGGCGAACGGGCAGAAUCAGUGCGCAGAAGCGCAGCCGACGUGGGAGAUGACGCUAUCAUGUUCUUUAGCUAUAUGCCUACCCUGGGGAGAGCAGCCCAGGGCAGCAGCCAGGACGAGAGACCACGUGGGCGCAGGCGGUGGGCAGUGUGGGCAGAAUGGGCAGAAUGGGCAGAACGGGGAGACCGGGGAGACCGGGAAGAAAUGGUUUAGAGGGCAAGAGGCGCUGCUAUAUGGGGGACAGCACCAGGAGCCUCGACGACUAUGUAUGCUCGGGAGUAAUAACGGCCGCAGCCAGCAGCAACAGCGCCAGCACCAUCCGCAGUGGGAGAAGAAGACGGAGAGGUAG